UAAAAUAAAAUGCAAACCCUCCAUUUCUUUCCACCCUCCUUCCUUAUCCAUCACCACCAAUAAUAAUAAAGAUAUUUUAAUUAGGUAUGUCGCCGCCCACCGGAAAGCCACCGCCGGAGAAGUCAAAGUUUCUCCAGACUUGCAAUCGCUUGAGCCUAUUUCUCAAAGAAAAUAGCAACAUCCGAGAUCUCAAUUUCGGCAUCAUCAACGCAAAAUUUGAUGCUACAGGUGUGUUAGAGACAGAAGAAGCUAGGAGGACUAUAGACCUGUUAAGCAGCGUAGGCGGUGAAAAAUCAGCGCCUCCUGAAUAUGUUAUCUUAGAUUCUUCCAGCUGUGGAGUCGAAAACAAAGGUAGCUCAUCAGUUAACAAGGCACAGAUGACUAUUUUUUACGGAGGACAGGUAGUGGUUUUAGACGAUGUUCCGGCCGAUAGAGCCAGAGAUCUCAUGUUAAUCGCAAAUAGCGGUCAGCCUCAGCCUCAGCCUCAGGUUAAUGAAAAAUCCGAAUUGGCAUCUAAAAAUAAGUUGAAAUCUGUUGGUGGUGGUCAAGGAGAGAAGGAUUCAGAUCUGCCGAUUGCGAGAAGAGCAUCUCUGCACAAGUUUUUGGCCAAGAGAAAAGACCGGGCCACCGUACGAGCAGCGCCUUAUCAACUGCACAACCACUCUCCCGGUGGUUCGUCUUCCGGUAGUUUUGACCUUAAUAUGUAACCUAAGCAAGCUAUCGGUUACUUUUUAGUGCGUGCGUAAACCAGAAUUUGACUUCUAUUUGGACUGCAAUGUAACGUAUUCAUUUAUCGGAGGACUUUGAUGUAAAUUUAAUAUGUUAGUAUCAUUCAAGAGUUUUGUUAGUCA